AUGGCCUCUCAUGUAGUCGUAUUGCUUGGUGCGGGUAAAAGACAACAAGUGAAGACGACCCCGAUGAUGCCUUUAAAACAGGUCGUUAAAACUGUAUGCGAGAAACAAGGCUAUACAGCCGAGAAUUAUGGGCUAAAGCUCAACAAAAAUAUCCUCGAUCUUUCACUUACUGUUCGAUAUGCAAAUCUUGCACCUGGCGCAAAAUUAGAAAUGAUUCGAGUUGGCGCGUCAAAAGCUCUGCGUGAAGUUACUAUUGCACUUCAGAUGGAAGAUGGCUUUCGAAUAAUUCACACAUUUCCUGUUACUACUUCACUCUGGGAUAUAUUGAUUUACUUUGAGAGUAACUUUCAAGCCGGAUCUUUGAAUCUCACUACACGAGUUGCCCCUUCGCCAACGUCAGAGAAAAAGCUCUUUAAGAAAUUUAUCAAGAAAAAUAACACUAAUGUUCCCCUUUUUUAUCAGCAACCAGUUUGCUUGCUAUUAAAUCAAGAGUACGCGACAAAAGCAGUACUCCAAUCGACUACGCUUCAAUCUGCCGGAAUAACUACAGGGAAUGCUGUAUUGCGGGUCACGUUUAGACAUACCGAGCUUAGUCUAGAAGGAGCAUUGGCAACACAGGAAACAUUAUCUGUUACAACUGAUACUUCUGCUGCUACCACUGUUAAUACCACCACUGCUGAUGCAUCAAUACCUUCAGGAUCUGAAGAAGAAUCAAAGCUUACAGAUCCGAAUCUGGGGAAGGAAGUAAUGGAAGAUGUUAGAACUUCAGUGCAGUCAGAAGAAAUCCCACCUGUUAUAGCAACUACGGUUGCUGCUGCUACCAUUGUUAACACUGCUGAUACAUCAAUACCUUCAGAAUCUGAAGAAAGAUCAAAACUUACAGAUCCGAAUCGGAGGAAUGAAGUAAUGGAAGAUAUUAGAACUUCAGUGCAGUCAGAAGAACAAGAAUCUAUAACAUCUGCUACACAUGAAAAACCAUCGCAGAACAUAAUUCCUCCAAUAUCUAUAUCACCUGAAAUUGUUACUGAGAAAGCUGAAUUGAAGGAGGAUAAAGAUGUUGAAUUAAGUGUAUCAGAAAGGCUUAAAUCGAUGGAAGUCAAUAAUGCAAAGGUAGAAAUAAAUGAGACCGAAGAUAGAAUUUCAGUGCCGCUGAAGGUAGAGUCUAUACAACCAGAGGCUACUAAAGACAUCCCGGGUGAACCUAUGGAAUUGGAUAAUUCAUCAAUAUCAGAACCUCAAGCAUCAAAAAUUUCUGCCACGCAAUCAACAAACGUGGAGUCAGUGGUUUUCAAUAGAGAUAUUAAAAUAUUCAAUCCACCACCUAAUAAUGUAUCGAUAACACAAAUUGAUCUUCCAGACUCUUUUUACGAAUUAACUGCGGCUGAGAUACAACACCUUUUGGCAAUGCAAAAAUCCAAGCGUCUCAAAGAUGAAAACGCCGGGUUCAAGACGAGUGCUGUACGAGAACAAGAAGAAAAAGCCAAAGAAAAAAAAUACCCAAAGACAAUGAUCCGUGUGCGAUUCCCGGAUCGAUUUCAGCUACAGGCAACCUUCUUGUCCAAAGAAAAAGUAUCUGAACUCUACAAGUUUGUAAGGGAAUCUUUACGAACUCCGGAGCGCCCAUUUUAUUUAAAUACAAGCCCACCGAAAAAUGUACUUUCAGAUCAAGAGAUAAAUUUAUAUGACGCGAAAUUAUCUCCUGCUUCGGUAGUGCACUUUAGUUGGGCAGAGAAAUUCGAUAUUCCUGAGCCUCCAUAUUUGAUCGACAAUCUGUUGGUAUUAGCUGAAGAUUUUAUGACAACUACCGGCACUGUCGAAACAACCAAUGUAGCGGAGGGAUCAUCAUCAGGAAAACGUGUUACUGAAUAUAAUGGCGGUGAUCAUCUUUCCGAACCUUCCAGUCGUAAAAGUCUGGAAGUAUAUGCAGAUAGAAAAAAAAUAUCAGAUUCUGGGGAAAGUAGCAGUGCUGGUGCAUCCUCGUCGGCUUCUAGCAGAAAGAUUCCGAAAUGGUUCAAAUUUGGGUGA